AUGUCCUUCCUUGGGCUUUUGAGCUACGUUUCACUGCUGGUGCAGAUUUGCUUCGCUACCGUCUCGAUAGCCGCCGGGCUGUACUAUCUAGCUGAGCUGGUGGAAGAAUACACGGUCAUGGCAAAGAAAGUCAUCAGCUGGAUGGUAGGAGUAACUGCCGCAUUGUAUGUGAUAUUUAUCUUUACCGAAAAUUUCUCCUGGACCAUGUUGCUCUGUGGACUCGGAGCACAAAUACUGCACGAGCUCAUCCUAACCGACUUUCCUUACGUGCGGUUUCUUUCACCGGCUUUUAUCAGCGCAGUACUGUUGUUGGUAGCGAACCAUUAUCUCGCUUUCGUGUACUUUCAGCUACAGUAUCAUAGCUUUACGGAAGUUCUCGCAUACUUUACGCUUUGCCUGUGGCUCGUUCCAUUCGCAUUGUUUGUGUCACUUUCUGCAAACGAUAAUGUGCUGCCGACGAGUAACGAGCGAACGCAUCUGCUAGGUAGGAGGAACCGUGGUAAUGACGAUGUAGUAACGAAUUAUUUCUCCAGCCGGAAGAAGAUGGGUCUUCUUUCGUUGUUCAGCUACGCAAAAGAAAGCUUGCUACCCGAGCGCAACAAGAAAGCGUUUUAA